AUGUGUGCCUCUGAUACCCUUCAGGAACAGAUCGAUCAGGCAGAUGUAGAUCGCCUUCUUAUCUCUUUGCUGCAGCUUUCUCCGCAGAUGGAGCCAGAGCUUUUGGACGUAUUUAAACAGCUGGAUUCAUGGGGAAUCGUCUAUUUGAAUGACCUCGGUGAUAUCCGGUUGCGAAAGAAGCUUCGGCACCUUUUCCGGGCACUGUUCGUUGGCGAGGUUGAGGGUGAGCAAGGCAAAGGUUGGAGGAAGAUGCUUACCUGUAAAAUGUCGCUCUCCAAGUUAGUGAAGCGCCGAUGCAAGGAGCUACGCCCACAGCUUGAGGUGUCAAAUCCUCCGGCGGACAUUGGACCUGUUGAAACCUCCGAGGUGAAGGAGGAACGACUCUUUGAAGAAUUAAGGUUCGACGCCGAGGCGGCGGAACGGAAGGCAGAAGAAGCUGUACAGCGCUGGCGCGCGGAACAUGCCGGGCUUCAGGAACUUUCAACCGAGUCCGUUUCUGAGGGACCAUCUGAAGUGCAGCAGGCGCCUUCGGAAGUGAAGUCUGGCAGAGAGGAAUGGAUGCUUGAAGCUCCCGCCUAUCUACGUUGUCUGGCAACAAAAGAAGGGCCUGAUGCAAAGAGGAUGCAAAUCUUGCAGCAGAAGAAGAAGGAUGAUGAGGAGGCUGUACGUGUCAGAGCGAUCAUGGAAGAGUGGAACAAAGCACGAAAGGCUAAGAGUCUUCGGGAACUUAAGGAAGAAGGCGAGUUUGCAGAUGGUGAAGAAGCGUAUAAACGCUGGAAACGAAACAUGGAGGCGGCUCGAAACCUCUGGGGAAAGCGAGCGGCAGAACAGACUGCUGAACAGGAUUUCGUGAGUUCGCAAAACCAGGAUUAG